AUGACUAUUGAUAAAACCAAUGCUACCCGAAAUUGUGCCAGUAACGCAUACUGCAAACCCACCGCUGCAAGACCAUACCUGAAGGUACUUACCGGUGCCUUCGCCACCAAAGUCAUCUUCGCUGCUUCUACAACGCCUUUGGUAGCCACCAGCGUCAAUUUCACUGUUUGCGGCGACACUUCGACUGCUUCGGCACAACGCGAAAUUAUCCUUUUCGCGGGAACAUUCCAAGCAACUCAUCUCCUUGAGCUUUCUGGAGUAGGGAAUGCGUCCUUGCUCGAAUCAUAG